AAUGUGCAACCGAUUUGCUCUCCAUUCAAAGGACUAGUGAAACGUGUUUCAGUACUAGCUUUACAAGCAGCAAUAAUAUACAUGCGAUGAACUAAUAUACAUGUGAAAAUAGGUGUUUACUUUGCUGAAAAGGAAAGGCAAAAGAGAAAACCAGCAAUCCCAGCAAAGAUGUCUUUUGCGAUGGUGCGUCCAGCCCCAAGCAGGUUCCUCUACUCCGACAUCAGCAUGCUGUCUGAAGACGAAGAGAACGGCAGCGAGAGCUCAGGUUCUGAUGAGAAAUCCUUUCACCUCGAUGGCCCUGGGUACGAAGUGAAGGUGGGCCGGAAGCGGAAACCUGGCAGCCGCCUGUCUGCACCACAGGCGACUGAGGGACGGCAGCGAAAUGCUGCUAAUGCCCGCGAACGAGACCGCACCAACAGCGUCAACACAGCCUUCACUGCUCUGCGCACGCUCAUCCCCACAGAGCCUGCUGAUCGCAAGCUCUCCAAGAUCGAAACCCUGCGUCUUGCCUCCAGCUACAUCUCCCAUCUGGGCAAUGUGCUGCUUGUGGGUGAGGCCUGUGGAGAUGGCCAGCCCUGUCACACCUCCUCCACUUACUACCAUCAUAGCUCACCUGGCAGGGACUCUGAGAACUCCCAGCCUAAGCAAAUCUGCACAUUCUGCCUUAGCAACCAAAGGAAAAUGAGCAAAGACAGAGACAGAAAAACAGCUCUAAGAAGUUAAUACGGACAAGUU